CAUUGUGUGUGCUGGUGUGCGUGUGUACGUGCGGGAUCAUUGCACAUUGCGUCAACGUUUCAAGAUCACAAUUACAAUUACCCCGCAGUAGCAGUUGCAGUAGCUGUAGCACCAACCAACUAAAUUACGAGAACAGUGGCAAAAGCAAUCGACCAACCGACAAAAAAAAAGAAAAUAAACUAAAAAAACAACAGAAAACUAUCAACAAUAAUAAGCCCACCCGCAACAGCUGCUCUUCUCCGUCUGUCUCUUUACCUCCCUCGCCCCACACACAUACACACACACACACACUCAACACUCGACUCCUCUACUCUUCUCCACCUCUCUCCUCUCCGCUCAAUUCUUUGGCCCCCGCUCUUCGAGAUUCCUCUCCGCCUCCCCUCUCUGGAAACGGGCAGAGCUGCAGAGCCCCAGAAAGCGAUUUCAGUUCAGCGACGGCAGCGCACAGGUGCCAUUCGGAAAGUGCGGACGUAGAAUGUUUGCCGGGGACUCCACGGUCAGAUUUCACCUCUAGCUCCGCUGGAAUUCGGUCUUGGCAGUGGCGUCAGUGACGAGUUUUGACGGGAUCUCAGCCGCACAUCGUUCUUCCCGCCUAUUAACCACCUACUUCACUAACUUUUUCCUUUCAAUAAUCCCUAUAAACGAAGAUCAUUCUUUUAUACUCCUUUCCACUAAUAAAUUUCUCCAAAACCUUACUUUUGUUUUUAUGAGGUCUACAGUUUUACAUAGUUCACCAAAUUCCUAAUAUUUCAUACACACUGCUUUCACCCUAAUUAGUAAGUACCUUUCCGUUAAAAGCCACUUCUUAUUUUCUGUUUCAGUUCUUAGUAAUUUCAUCUUUAUUUUUCUAAAUAUUUUUGGUGUUCUCUUUCCCCAUCAAAAUUUUAUCAAUACUUGAAUACAUUUUUUUAAUCGUAUCCUAAGUUUUUCCAAAGCUUGGCUUUCUUUUGUAAAACUAUUAUUACAUUUCUUUUAAUUUUCUUGAACGCUACUCAAUAUGUGCUAAUUAAUAUUUUACUAUUCACCGUUGCACUUUACAUUUCUUAAAAAUAACUCAUGUCGGCUCUUACUCUUUUUCAAGAACAUCUUUAUUUGUAAUUGUCUUCCCUUAAAAAUACCUGUGACCAAGUUCCUUCUUGUCCAACACCUGUUCUCUGUUCCCUCUUUACCAAGACCUUCUAACACCCCUAACACCCCCUUUUUCCAAAAGUUUCCUCUCCACUUUCCCUUGAUCUCCGCUUUAUCCAUGUGAGAUGAGUGCGUGCGACGGUUCGGGAACGGUUUCGCGAACGUCUGACGCCUCCGCUUUUCAAUUCGAUGUCAUGCCAAAGAUAACGACGCCGCCGUCGACGGUGACGCCUACGCCGACGCUGACGUCGACGCCGACGUCGAUGCUUACUUCGGCCGCGCAGGCGACGGUGACGGUGACGGCGAAAACGGCAAAAACGACAAUAACGAAAACGACGACAACGGUUAAAAUUGAAAAUAAAUGGCCGGCGGCAGAGGCAACGGCGUUCAGUUAUCAGCGAGCAGCGGAGCAGAUUGGAGCUAAAACGACACCACCCACAACUGUCCAACGGGAAACUGGAAUAAACGAGAUCUGCACUGGUAAUCCAUGUGAAGAACUGUCCAGCAAGUUGGCCCUUCGCAAGGCGCAAUUGAAAGCGAACUUUUUCGGCGAAAGAGAAAGUACCAAAGAGAGUACUGCAAGAAACGGAAGUAGUAAACCGGAGAGAACCCCACACUUCACCGCUUACCGCACUGCUUACCCCAGCUGCAAGACGGAAAAAGGCAAGCCGGUGCAACAGCUGAUCGAUCAGUUCCAGGCCAUGAUUGUCCAACAGCAGCAGCAACAGCUGACCGGCGAGCGGGAGGCCAAGACACUGACCUCCAAUUCGGACGAGGGAUGCAACGUGACCGGUGGGGGACUGAGUCCCUACAGCAGCGACAACGAGGACAGUGGCAACCUGUCGCCGCGCCAGCGGAAGCUGAAGGUCACACGCUGUGCCAGCAGUGAUUCCGCCCUCGGCUUGGAGGUCGACGAUGGCGGCAUGGACGUGGUGCUACCCCCGCAGCGAAGGAUGACCCUCACCGUCACCGACUUGCCCCUUCGGCCGGCUUUACUGCCCCUGGCAGAACCCACCGCUCUGGCCGACUCACCUUUGACCUCGCCAACGGGCGGAGGCGGUACCGCCGGUGGAACGGUGGUGGGUGUACCCACCAAGGUGCUGCUCGAGGAGCGAGUGGUCGCCGCACCGGGAUCGCGACGCGAAUCCACCCAGAGCUCCUACAGCGAACUGGGGGGCAGUGGAUUUCCGCUGGGAGUGCGCUAUGUGCGCACACCCUCCGUGGUGGUCAGCGAUUACUCGGACGACAUUACCGCCUGCGGGAUUAGCAUGGAGGAGAUGGAGUACUUUCGCCUGCAGCGGGCACGUGGCCAGCGGCGCUGUUCCCUGGAAGCGGGAGGUGCAGGAGGAGGCAUCGGCGGAGGAGGUGGAGCCCAUGGACACGGGGGAGGAGCACAUGGACACGGACACGGCGGAUCGGCAAUGGCGCCCGGGUGCGGCAAGGACGAAGGCCAGUCGGAUGUCAGUGCGGCCAGCAGUUGCAGCAACCUCUACUACUGCGGCUCCACCAUUUCCGCCUUGGAUGGGGGCGAGUGCAUUGUGAACGGCGUUCGCGUCGCAUUGGCCAGGAAGAGCAGCACGCAGAGCAGCAGUCUCAGCGGCGAGGAGGAGGAGGAGGAGGAUCUAGAAGACGAGGAUCUAGAGGAGCACGAUCCCGAUAUGGAGGAUCGCGACGUGGAGGAUCUCCUGCCGGAGGACUACGAGCGGGGGGAGCGGGAGCGGGAGCGGCAGAUCAGCGAGCUCCUGGCCGCCACGCAGCUGGGCGAUCGUCAGCGGGAUCGCUCCAAGAAGAGUUCCGGGUGGCGGAAGAUCCGGAACAUCGUCCAGUGGACGCCCUUCUUCCAGACGUACAAGAAGCAGCGCUACCCAUGGGUCCAGCUGGCCGGACACCAGGGCAACUUCAAGGCGGGUCCCGAGCCCGGCACCGUCCUCAAGAAGCUCUGCCCCAAGGAGGAGGAGUGCUUCCAGAUCCUCAUGCAGGACCUCCUCCGGCCCUACGUGCCCGUCUACAAGGGCCAGGUGACCAGCGAGGAUGGCGAACUGUACCUGCAGCUGCAGGAUCUGCUGAGCGACUACGUGCAGCCGUGUGUGAUGGACUGCAAGGUGGGCGUGCGCACCUAUUUGGAGGAGGAGCUGUCCAAGGCCAAGGAGAAGCCGAAGCUGCGCAAGGACAUGUACGACAAGAUGAUCCAGAUCGAUGGCCACGCCCCCACCGCCGAGGAGCACGCGGCCAAGGCGGUGACCAAGCCGAGGUACAUGGUCUGGCGGGAGACCAUCUCCAGCACGGCCACCUUGGGAUUCCGCAUCGAGGGCAUCAAGAAGAGCGAUGGCACCAGUUCCAAAGAUUUCAAGACGACGAAGUCACGCGAACAAAUCAAGUUGGCCUUCGUCGAGUUCCUCAGCGGCCAUCCCCAAGUUCUGCCCCGAUAUAUUCAACGAUUGCGAGCAAUUCGGGCCACUCUAUCCGUAUCGGAGUUCUUCCAAACACAUGAAGUGAUCGGCAGCUCCUUGCUCUUUGUCCACGAUCAAAGCCACGCGAGCAUUUGGCUAAUAGACUUUGCCAAGACGGUGGAGCUGCCGCCGCAGCUAAGGAUCGAUCACUACUCCGCCUGGAAGGUGGGCAACCACGAGGACGGCUAUCUCAUCGGGAUCAACAACCUGAUCGACAUUUUUGUGGAGCUGCAGGCGGAGCAGGAGGCCGCAUCGCUGGCAUCCACGUCCGUUUCUGGCGAGGAUCGCGACGAGUCGGCUGUCGAGAACAAACAAUGAUGGGGCUUUCCUUUUCCUCACGAAGAUUUGGGGCUGGGCCCCGAAAAGGCAAAGACAUUACCCCCUUCCAAAAUCGAUUAAUCGAAAUUCCCCAUAUAUUCCUAGGCUUUACGUUACUUUUUUUUUUUUUUUUUUCGCUAAAACCGUUUGCGUACAUUUAAUUCCUAAUUUUAAAAUCAAAGACUGAGACCACAAUAUGCAUACAUACACAAUACUUUUACUAUACGAUAUACGCGUACGUAUAUAGAAAAUAUAUAGCCUAGAUUAUAUAUGUGCUGCUGCUGCAAUCGCUGUCGCUGUUCUGUAGUGUAAUUUAUUUAUCCAAAAAAGAAGAGCAAAUUGACGUUUGGCGAUUCCCCAAAUGAGAACCGAAUUGUUGUUGAUCGUAACCAUACGAUAAGUAACUAAGAACACCCCACGCGCAACAAUAAAUUAGUUUUAGUUAUUAAUGUAAUGGUUAUGCGACUACCUACUAAAUACUACUAAUUGUGCACUAUUAAAUUCAGUUAAACCAGAAAACCGAAA